AUGAAUCUUGAAACAUUGGCAAACGAGUUACUUAUCGAUCUAUUCGAAUUUUUAUCUUCUGUUCAUCUUCUUAAUGCAUUUCAUGAUCUCAAUUCUCGCAUUGAUUCUCUUCUUCUUAUUCAUUUUCGUACUCAUGGUCUUGAUUUUCGAUCAAUAUUAAAACGUGAUUUUCUUACAAUAUGUCGACAUCUUUCGAUAGUUGCCAAUCAAAUACAUUCACUUUAUCUCUUAGAAAAAGAUGAUACUCCUGGACAAAUUUAUCAAUUUUAUUCUUAUGAUUUUACUUUACAUCGCUUCACGUCUUUACAAUCAUUAUUAAUAUAUCAUCUUCAUUCUGAUGACACAAUGAACAAAAUACUAUUAGAUUUAUCUCAUUUAUCUAAUAUUACACAUUUGACUUUUGAUGAAUGUUAUUUUGCAUAUGAUGAAGCAGAAGCUCUUACUUUUAUGAAUAUCAUAUGGAGUUUACCUAAACUUACACAUAGCUAUAUGAAAAUACAAUUUAAAUCUCAUAUUUAUUUUCCUAUAUCAACCAUAAUUUCAUCAACUAUUGAACAUCUAUCUAUUAGUGAUAUUGAACCACAAUUUAAUGAAAUGACUCACUAUCAUAUUUUAGUGAAUUUUUUCAAAUAUACACCUAAUUUAUGUCAAUUAAAAGUCGAUCCACCUGAUAUUUUACCAUAUGCUUUUGAUAAUUUUUAUUUUCAAUCUCCUAUUCUAUCAAAAUCAACUUAUUAUUAUGAUAAUCAACAAUGGUCAUAUGAUUAUGUGCAUCGACUUACUUAUAAGACUAAUUUAUCCGAAUGGUUGACUCUAUCUCAUAUACAAUUUAAUAAAAUACGAGAACUUUGUGUACAUCUUCCUAUUGAUGAAUAUUUUUGGUCAAUCAUUUCAAAACUUGAACGAUUAACAUUACUUGAUGUAUUAUUGAAUGAUGAGAAUGAAAAUUAUGAUAUUCAAUUACAGAUUCUACUUGAUCGAGCACCUCGUAUAUCUUUAUUACGUCUUCGUAAUUGGUCAUCAAAGAUUUCAAAAAUUUUACCAAUUCGAAAAAUAAAUCUUUCACUCUCACAAUUAGAUUUACAGUGGUAUAAAUGGUACGAUCAUGAAGAAUGUGUUGUCUUAAGUCAAUUAUUUUUAGAUAUUCAAUGUAAUGUACUAUUAAUUGAUGUCACCAAUCGAGAAUGUAUAUUUGAACUUGUUCAUACAAUAAGCAAUCUUCGAGCGCUUAAUGUUCGAUGUCAAGACGAUAAAUCGGAUAGCAAUACAACAUCGAUUGAUGACGAACUUAUCAAAUGGUUACAAUAA